GCUACAGGCAGUCGCUACUUCUCUCACAGCACGAACCCAAAGAUGGCGCCACAUGUCACCGGUCGCAUGAAACCGACAAAGCCAAAGAAGCAGCAACGUUCCAUCAAGCGCAAGAGAGAUGAUGUAGACGUGGAAAAGCUGGAGCAGCAGGUCCAGGAUCUGGAUCCCAAGGGCAGCUACACGUCCUUCUCCGACCUCCCGCUCUCCCUCCCCACCCAAGAAGGUCUCAAAGCCUGCCACUUUGCUACUCUCACACCCAUCCAAGCACGCGCAAUUCCCCUCGCCCUCCACGGCUCCGACAUCCUGGGUGCUGCCAAGACUGGUUCUGGAAAGACCCUCGCCUUCAUCAUCCCCGUCCUCGAAAACCUAUAUCGCAAACAGUGCGUCGGUCAAGAUGCAGGUCUGGGCGCCAUGAUCAUCGCUCCCACGCGCGAACUCGCCAUUCAAAUCUUCGACGUCCUGGUCAAGAUUGGAAGAAAGGGUCACUUGUUCUCGGCUGGUCUGGUCAUUGGUGGAAAGAGCCUGCAGGAGGAACAAAGUGCUCUGGCGCGUAUGAACAUUGUCGUCUGCACACCCGGUCGUAUGCUGCAGCACUUGUCGCAAACCGCCCUCUUCUCCGUCGACAAUGUGCAGAUGCUAGUGCUCGACGAGGCUGAUCGCAUCUUGGACAUGGGCUUCCAGCGUGACCUGGAUGCCAUUGUCGAGUAUUUGCCCAAGGACCGCCAGACUCUGCUCUUCUCUGCCACCCAGACAAAGCGUGUCUCUGAUCUCGCCCGUCUUAGUCUGAGAGACCCCGAAUACGUCUCGACCUCGGAACAAGGCGAGUCUGCCACUCCCAAAUCCCUGCAACAAAACUACGUCCUCACUCCGCUACCCGACAAACUCGACACUCUCUGGUCAUUUAUCCAGACUUGCAAAAAGUCCAAAAUCAUCGUCUUCCUGUCUUCUGGAAAGCAGGUCCGUUUUGUCUUUGAAGCCUUCCGCCACAUGCAGCCUGGUAUUCCUCUGCUACAUCUUCACGGUCGUCAGAAGCAAACUGCUCGUCUCGACAUUACAAAGAAGUUUUCCCAUGCUCAACACUCGUGUAUGUUUGCAACCGAUGUCGCCGCAAGAGGUCUGGAUUUUCCUGCUGUCGACUGGGUUGUACAGCUAGACGCUCCUGAAGAUGCCGACACGUAUAUCCACCGUGUAGGUCGUACUGCCCGUUACGAACGCGAGGGUAAAGCCGUCCUUUUCCUCGACCCCAGCGAAGAGGAAGGCAUGCUUUCUCGUCUCGAAGCAAAAAAGGUCCCCAUCGAACGCAUCAGUGUCAAGCAAAAGAAGCAACAAUCCAUCAAGCCUCAACUACAAAACAUGUGUUUCAAAGACCCGACACUCAAGUACCUAGGUCAAAAGGCUUUUGCCAGUUACGUUCGCAGCAUCCACAUUCAAAAAGACAAGGACGUCUUCAAACUCGACAAACUAAACCUCGAAGAAUUCGCUGCAAGUCUUGGUCUACCCGGUGCACCUAAAAUCAAGUUCAUCGCAGGAGACGACGCAAAGGCCAGAAAGAAUGCCCCUAGAGCACAACUCAACGAUUCAGACGAAGAAAGCGAUGCAGAUAAGCAAGAGACAAAGAAGCCAGAAGUACGCACAAAAUACGACCGCAUGUUCGAGCGCAAGAACCAAGAUGUCCUGGCAGACCAUUACGCCAAAAUGGUUCGCGACGACGAUAUCGAAGCUUUGGAUGGGACUCAAAUGUCCGACGACGAUUUGUUCAGUGUAAAGCGCAGAAUCCCUGUGCAGGGAGAAAAGUCCGAUGCAGAGUCAUCAGACGACGCGGACGAGCAAUCAACACUCGCAGUAGCAGAUAUGAAUCUCCCUCCGGGCGCAAAAGCAGUGCACAUCCCCGGAGCCAAAGACGCCCUCAUUAUCGACAGCAAGCGCCGAGAAAAACUGCUCAAGUCCAAGAAGAAGUUGCUCAAAUUCAAGGAAAGUGGCACAAAACUCGUUUUCGACGACGAAGGCAAUGCACACCAAAUUUACGAAUUGGAAGACGAAGAUGCAUUCAAGGCCAAGGGCACAGCAGAAGAGCAGAGAGCGAAGUUCUUGGAAGAAGAAGCUCAACGUGUCCGGGAAUCAGAUCUCCUGGACAAGGCCCUCGCAAAGGAAAAGAAACGAGCAAAGAAGGAAAAGCGCAAGGAGAGAGAAAGAGAAGAAGAAGGAGAUGCUUCCGACGACGAAGAAGAAGCGCCAGAACUCGCCGAUGCAAGUGCAGAUUUCAAGAAAUUCCUCGCUGGAUCGGAUGAUGGGGAGAGUGCUGCAGAAGAAGAAGAAGACGACGAAGACGAACAGCCAAAGAAGAGACAGAAGAAGUGGUUCGAGGAGGAAGGUCGCAGGACGGAUCUUGGAAGGGAAGAAGCUUCUGCGCCGGAAACUUUGCAGGAUUUGGAGGCUUUGGCUGCUGGAUUGUUGGAUUGAGUUGUAUAAGGCCUCUUUUAUCCCUUGCUUUUUCUCUCUCUCUCUCUCUCUCUCUCUCUCUCUCUCUCUCUCUCUCUCUCUCU